GGUAAAACAAUCUGCCUACAACGACAGCAUAUCGCCAAGAAUAGCAACACUGAAGAACCCCCUGCUGGACACAAGACUAACAAGGAAAUAACAAGAAAGGCUGAAAAGGACGGGGAAGGGAAAAGAGAAAGACUCAAAACUGGGCCUAGGUCAUCCAUACUCAGGGCUUGGGAACGAGGCUAUCCUUUUUGUAUUCCCCUCUUUGGAUCUUGUGUUGGAACAAGUCGCUGCUCUUGACGCACUCUAUUCUGACUAUUGGUCAACAUCAUCGCUGCUUUCAUUGUGGUCUCCGUCUCCAUUCUUCACCCUCUGCAUAGACGAUAUCCAUCUGUCGUCGUCAGUGAAGUGAUUGAUUGCUUGACUGGUUAUUCAUAACAACACACGCACCGUCAUCGCUCUCCAUCUUUCUCAAAGCCCAACAACUACUGCAACAAACGCCAUACUUUGCCCAGCGCAUCUUGUUUAAUUCAUCUCAUUUUUUUCCCCUCUACCCUCUCUCCUUCUAUACCCCAAACAUCUUCACAUUUAAACGGUCCUGGGGCCUUAAAAUCCACAUUGAUGUCGGUUGACCUACGCGACUGCUUAAACUGCCUGCAACACCCUUCCAGGUUUAUGCCCAUCUCGAGAUCACAACUCUCAAGUGUCCAUACCGGCGAUAGUGCCCAUAAUAUAAUACGAAGUAUUGAGUGAAUGGAAAGGUUGAAAUCAUCAACUCCAAGAAUAAUAAAAGACAAGUCAAAUAAAAAAAAAGAAAACAAGAAAGCUACAUUAUCAACACCUUUAGCCCAACAUGGCGCACGUUAUAAGCAAAACCGCCGUUGAUACCAUCACGACCACCGCCUCCACCGCCAUCGCAACAGCCAUUGUGGACCGCCGCCGCUCUCUCGUCCCUCAGUCGUGGGAGAAAUCCGUCCGCAAGAUUGGCCUGACUGAGUGCGAGCAGGCGGGCGUCUCUCUCGCCCACGCCUUUGCCGCCGAUGCCUUGAGCAUGUAUCUCCUCGACGGCGACGAAACGGAUCGUUACUCGGACGAGACCAAAUGGAAGCUCCAUGUCCACAUCAUGACGUAUCUGGUGUCCGCCCAUUGCUACAGCGGCCUCGUCACAACCAUUGGCCCGGAUUAUGAUUGCGUGGCCUUGUGGAUGCCUCCUGGGAUGCACAUGGAUGGCUGGUGGACCAUCUUCCGGAGCGGCAUGUGGCGCCUCUACUACCAGCUUGGCUCAGAGGGCCGCAAGCGCUAUUAUGAAGAUGUGCUGCCUCUCCUGCACGAGACAAUGGACGAAGUCAUGGGAGACCGCGAGUACUAUUACCUUGCUUAUAUUGGAACCAAGCCCAGCGCCAGGGGCAAGGGCUAUGCCAAGAAGCUCAUCAUGGACAUGGCGGCAAAGGCUGAUGCCGAGAACCGCGCCAUGUACCUCGAAUCCAGCUCCAGCGACAACAUCAGCUACUACGAGCGCUUCGGCUUCAAGUACCGCAAGGAAAUCUCCUUCAAGAGAGGGCCGGUGCCUGUGCCGCUGUUCAUCAUGGUGCGCGAGCCAGUAGCCGUAGCCGCCAAAGCAGUCGAAGAAGCAGUGCCAACGCUGGACCAGAUUGAGACUGUCAAAGUCUAAUGUCUGCGAUUGAAGUUGGCUACUUCAACUUUGUUUGGUAUGGAGAAUUUGAAGAUUGACAAGAUUGACAAGAUUGUUGAUAAGCUUGAACCCCCUUUCUGUUUCGUUCUCUCCUUCACAAGACUCUUUUUGAUUUUGAAAGUUGCGUGGCUUGAACAUCGAUUGCCCAGUCGCUCAUUAACAUCAUGCGUUCAAGUAAGCUUGAGUUUGGACAGAUUUUGUAUUUUAUCCUUCGUUCGUUAUGCUUGUUGCUGUUUUUUUUUUCAUCCUAUUUAGUGAGAUACCUUUUUCAACUCACUUGACCAAGUCCUGUCUCUACCAUACACUAGGUAUUAUAUAUCAAAAAAAAAAAAAAAGAUUUUUGCGUCGGUGUCAAACUGCUCUUAGUAAUCUAAAAUGGCCCAUGUCUCGUCAUCCACAGUUGUAUAUAUCAGGCCCUGUCCCAAAAGCUCGUCUGCCGCAGUGAUGACUUCCCGCAUUCCCAGGCCCGUGCUUGCCGUGAUGUUGCUCAGAUGCAUUCCGUCGUUGCCUCCAGGUGUGUCGUUCAAGUAGGUGUAUACUCUCUUGGCAACAGUGCUGCAUCCAGAGAGCUUGCUGGGGAGCUGGGCGCCGCCAGCACCAGCAUUGAAGCCGUCGCCGCCGUCAACGAACAUGCUAUCUCCGUUGGCGUUUGCUCCCGCGCCGGCAGGGCCCCGGGUGUUUACUAGAUGCACGUAGGUUGCCUCCAGCAGGUGGUAGUUGACCUCGUUGAAGUCUGUGACUGGCCGGAUGACGUGGGCUCCAACGUGUCGCUUAUUGGAAAAGGAUUUCAGGCGGCCCCAUACGCGGAUGUGUGAAUCAAUCUCGAAGCCGGGUUCUGCGUCGCCUUGCUUGUCUGCGUCGAUCCACUUCUUGACGUCAAUCUGCCCUGUGCCGUCGUCGACCCGGAUUGUCAGGUUGGUCUG